UGAUUCAAGUUUGGGUAUAGGUUUUGGAUUAAAAUCAAGUUGUGGGUUAGUUUUGGCAAAAACCCCAAUAUUAAAAGUGGAUUUGUUUUGUUAAUUUGAAUCUCUAGUGAUGUAGUAACAAAAAUGAAUAUUAUUGAACAAAUUAUAAUGACAUACAUAAUUGAUAUAAUAUACUAUACAUUUCCUCACGGGGUCAAAGUUAUUGAGUAUAUCAUUCUAUCGUUAAUCAUUUAUCCCCUCACAUUCAUCCCUCUUCUCAAAUACAUUUUUGCUGUAUGCAACGCUAAUGACAACAUAUGAUUAAAUUUUCACGUGUUCUUAUAUAUCUCUCACUUCAUAUUAUCUAAAUGGUCUCUUGUUUGGUGUAUUAGGUGGAGCAUUUUCUUUCUAUUCUUUGCUCUGUAGACACGCAGAAGUGAACACUAUCCCAAACUAACACCGUACAGUGAAGAGCUAAUAACGUACUACAUUUUAUGAGCUUACUUUUGCAACACAGACGGACAGACCAUGCAAUGGUUGGAAAAAGGUUCCUCUAGCAAAAAAAACAUUCUUAUUCUCGUUCUUGUUGGUACGUGCAUGGUCCUCGGCUAUGGAAUCCCUGCUCCUUCCAUCACUGGCACAUCAAUCACUUGCCCCUUCUUACACUCUACAUAGACUAUUUUCGUUGCUUUUUGGAUCUCAUAGUUCUGUCCACUGCGGGUAGCCUGGCCUCAGUGGAAACCUAUAUCAUAUAAACAAUGGUAUUAGCCACUACGUUAAAGUUCUCUUUUAAACAGUGAGUGUUGGCGCAUUAUGACUUAACUCGUACAAAAUGUUGUUCAUGUCCUCAAAAUGUGACCGGCUCUUCUUGCUUCUUUCAUCAUCCUCGGACUUCUUCGGAGAAAAAAAAACAUAAUAGAACAAUCUGUCACAUACAACAUAUAUAGGGAAGCCUUAAAGGUUUUCAUUGUCUUUUGUAUGCUUUAUGAUUUCUCAUAUCUUGUUAUUGAGACUUUUGUUAUCACCUGCAGAUAGAAUAACAUUUAUGCUUUACACAUAUUUCAAAAUGCUAUACCAUCAACCAUACAGAAAUUGAAGCUUUACAUACCAUGGAGGCUGUUGGAAGAGUAUUUUUAUUGUACCAUUGCUUCCUAGAUUAAAACUCUAUUUAGCAAUAUUGGAUGAUCAGUGAGAACCCAAGCAUGCACCUUUCUUCUGUGAACCACAUUCUGAAGAAACGACAUACCUACAAAAAAGGUGGUUAUGGUUGAUGACAAUGUCUUAUUCAGCAUAUUUAAAUUGUUUGGCCCAAACAGUGUAAACUGCAUAUAUAAAGAAGCUUCUCCUAACAAACCAUGGAGUUUUAGAACUGUAUUAAGUGUAGAACCAUAAUGAUUUCCAGACUGAGAAUAGAAGUUAAAUAAAAAGAGUUUUACAUUUAGGAAAGUUAUGCUACGUAUAAGAUGGUUUUGGAGCAUAUACUGAUUGGUUAGCACCUGAAGUCCAAAAUACAAAUUGUUCAAGCUACGAUUUAGCUUUACUCAAAAACAAUUGAUGAAUCAAAUAUAUACAAAUAGCAGAUAUAGAACUUCAAUUGAUUUCACAUGUUGCACAGCACCAUUGGAUCUAACAAUUAGAGAUCUACAACAUAAUCUGGAUAAUAUUUUUGAGAAGACACGUAAGAAUACGCAAGAGCCGGGACUUUGUUGCUUUUAAGAACAAAAGACCCGACUUGGAUUCACCCAUGGAGGAAACAAUAUUAUUGAUUCAAUCUAACGCAUCUCUGGUAAGAUUUCCACGAACUCAGAAAUUCGAUUUCAUCCUCCCGUUCACCCCAUAUCCUUCAAUGAAACCACAGAGUAAGUUACUUCGGACUGAAACCGAACAGAACCAGAGAGAAAGACAUAAUCAAUACCUGUAGAUCUUCCAACCAUGGCUUCAAAACAAAAAUCACCGAGCCAAAGUCCUUCCCAAUCAUGGAAGCCGAAGAUGUCUCCAGAUAGGAUUGUGGAAAGGAUUUUUAUACAUUCGCGGAGACUGGAGAGAAAUCAUCAAUAAAUGAGAGGAUUAGUGGUAAAAAUCUGAAACGUUGAAGACGCGUUUUCGGAGACGGUGUGAUCUGAAGAGGUAUGGUCAUCUCCAACAUCGAGAAGGAAUAACAUGACGAUGUGGCACUAUAGUUUAUUUUUAUUGACUGAUUUUUUAAUCUGAGGUGGCAUGCCUCUCCAUUGAGUAUAUUCACCUUUUAGUAUAGUAUAGAUUGUUUUCUCGAGUUCUAGUAUAAUAUAUAAAAAACGAAGAAACAUAUUAAUAUCUUCCGUCUGUAUCUAAUUUCCUUUGUCUAUUAAAUGGAAAACAAACAAGAAUAUCAAAUAGUUUUGUCGUCUGUUAGUUUUACAGGUAAGCUUUUGAGCACCACUCAGAUCAACCUUUUUCAUAAAAUUCUAGACAAAUAAACAAAAAUACUACUGAGAUUUCUAAUUAUUUUUUAGACUGAAAUUGUAAUGUUACAAUUUAUAGUUUUAUUUUAUUAAAUCUUUAAUACAAAUCAAUAUAACUAUUUUUUGCCAACAACAACUAUUAUAAUAUGAAUUUUAUAAUUUACUAUGCCAAAUGUUGAUAUAAGAAAACUAAUAUGCUAAAGUUAGCACUAUGUGUUAUCAUCUUCGCCUAUGAUAGUAGUAAUUGACAGAUGUUUUGUAUAAUUUAUUGAAAACUGGUAACUCUAAAAGCAUUUUAACAAAUGUAAUAUUUUAGUUUUCAAAAUGAUUUAUAGUUUACUAGAUUUGACUAUAUCUAACUAUUAUACAAUUCUGCAAACUUAUAUUUCAUCCUAAAAUAACAAGGCAUAAUAGAAAGUUCAAAAUUCCAGGAAAGAACGAUGCAUGGUGUAAAUAGAACCAUAUACAUAGAAGAUAUAUAAAUAAGUGAAUAGAAGAUGGUACACGAUACAUACUAUCAAACAAACUAAGCCAACUAGCUAAAGUCACUUGCUCAAUACAUUUUAUCAGUCUCUCUGUAAGAAAAAAAAACACAAUGCCAAGAACCAUGUGGAAAGACUUCCAUCUUUGUUUUCCAACAAAUCUCAUCAAGCCCUCCUCCGAGGCCGCCACCUCCUCCCAAGAACCGAACCGGCCAUCCAUUCUUCUCAUCAACAACUUCAACCAUCUUUACGACGAUUCCACAGCCACCGGCCGCCGCAUAUCUAAGCCUAUUAUUGAAGUCAUUCCACCUUCCUCCAUUACAACCGCCACGACAUUCACUGCCUCCACCUCCACCUCAACCACCGGUAACUCUUCCUCCUCCUCCUCCUUGUAUGAGUCUGAUAAUUACGGUUUUGCCCCUGAAGACUCUCCCCCUCCGGACUUAACCGCCGUUCUUGCCACACGUCGCUUCUUCUUCUCUUCCCCUGGCCGUUCCAACUCAAUCACCGAUUCUCCGGAUCUCCGUCCCCGGUUUGAAUACAAAACUUCCACCACUACUACUGCUGCUACUAGGCUUCUAACCGGGGGAGCCGCCGUUAAACAAUGCGUGCAAUCUCCUGAUCCUUACAACGACUUCCGCCGAUCAAUGCAAGAGAUGCUUGACGCCGUUACAGACGCAGGAGAUGCUCGCCGUUACGAGUUCUUGCACGAGCUGUUACUUAGCUACCUCUCAUUGAAUGCAGAAGAUACACAUAAGUUCAUUAUCAGAGCUUUCGCCGACGUUCUCGUAUCUCUCUUAUCUGACGGUCACCGGACUAACUGACGUGGCAAAUCCUCAUGCUGCGUAAAAAAAUAGUCAUGUUUUGGGAUUAGCGCUUUAGGAUUAAAAGAUAGGUAUAUCAAAUGUAAUAAUUGUGUAAUGAUACGAGAAAAUCGAGAGAGGCGUGAGGUUUUGUCUCGAUCGCAUGCAGUUAGAUUGCUUUUUAUUUUGUUUUGUUUUUUCCUUCUUAAAUAAAUGGUAAAUGAGAAUUAAUUGAUAUUUAUUCAUCAAUUCAAACUUACAUUUCCUUCAACACAGAUUGUAAAUACAUGAAACGGAGGAACCUCAACUUCAAGAGUGA